GCCGGUCUGAAACAAAAUGGAUGCCUGCUGUCUUUUCUGCUCCCGGCUGUGGGUGGUGAGCCGGCCUUGGACAAGGGGAUUAACAGAAUGGGAUUAAGGAGUGUGGUCAAACUGGAAGAAGGGGACUGUUGCAGCAAAGACGAGAGAAGAGUGGUGACUUGGAUGAACAGAAAGAGAGCUCAAUAGAGUCUGGGGAUUAUAAAGGCUUUAUUACUCUUUCUUUAGAUGUCGUACGACUUCUUCAUUGUCCCACUAGAGGUGUGUCACCGUGAGAGAGCCCCGUUGAGGGGUUGAGAAGCGCAGCCAUGAACGCCGGCAGUCAGAUCCGCCUGCUUCUGUGGAAGAACUGGACCCUACGCAAGAGGCAGAAGGUUCGCUUCCUGGUGGAGAUUCUGUGGCCGUUGGUUCUGUUCAUUGGUCUAGUAUGGCUGAGGAAAGCGAACCCACUCUACAAACAACAUGAAUGUCACUUCCCCAACAAGGCCAUGCCCUCUACAGGGAUUCUCCCAUGGAUCCAGGGAAUCUUCUGUAAUGCCAACAACCCCUGCUUCAGGCACGCCACCCGGGCCGAAGGCCCCGGCCUGGUCUCCAACUACAACAACUGCAUACUGGCACGGUUCUGGGCCGACACCAAUGAGCUGCUGUUCGAUGAACCCGAGUUCCGGCAACUGGGUCGGUUGUGGGAUGACAUGGGCAUCAUGAACAACUUCAUGGACACCAUCUGUCACACACCUGAGAAGAUAUCAGGUCGCGGGUUGAAGAUCGAAAGCAUCCUGAAGGAUGACGAGAUGUUAACAGCCUUUCUGCUGAGAGACACUGGCCUGCCUGAGUCUGUGGUUGAUAACCUGAUCAAGUCCCAAGUCCGUCCUGAACAGUUUGCCCAUGGGGUUCCAGAUCUCCAGCUAAAGGACAUCGCCUGCAGCCUGACUCUCCUGGAGAGGUUUAUCAUCUUCCCCAGCAGGAUGGCUGUCUAUGGGGUCCGCAACGCUCUGUGUGCCUUGUCCCAGCAACGCCUGCAGAAGAUAGAAGACAUGCUCUAUGCCAAUGUGGACUUCUUCAAGAUCUUCAGACUGCUACCCCGGGUGUUGGAUGACCGCACAGACGGGCCGGACCUACGUUACUGGGGGCGUGUCCUCAGCGCUGUAUCAGAGAAGGUCCAAGUGCUCCUAGACAGGAAUAGCAGCCAGGACCUCAUGAAGGCGGUGUACCCUCUGUUCCAGACCGGGGGUCCCAACUCGUUCAGCCAGCUGAUGAGCACCGUGUCGGCCCUGUUCUGUGGCUACCCAGAGGGGGAAGGAUCCAGGGUCCUCUCCUUCAACUGGUAUGAGGACAACAACUACAAGGUGUUCCUGGGGGUCAAUGGAUCCAAGAACCAAGACUACGUAUACGACAAGACAACCACUCCAUUCUGCAAUGACCUGAUGCAGACCUUGGAGUCCAACCCAGUGACUAAGAUAGUGUGGAGGUCGGUCAAACCCAUGGUGAUGGGACGGGUCCUCUAUGCUCCUGACUCCCCCGCCGUCAGACAGAUACUAAAGAGUGCGAACACUACCUUUGAGGAACUGGACAGGUUGCUGACCAUGGCCAAGGCCUGGGAGGAAGUGGGUCCCCAGCUCUGGAGGUUCUUCAACAACGGCAUCCAGAUGAACAUGAUCAGGGACACCAUCAGAAACCCCACUGUGACAGAGCUAAUAGAUAAGAGCCUGGAGGACACUGAGUUCUCAUCAAAAGACAUCCUCAACUUCCUGUACAACGGGCCUGAGGAGGACCGGGAUGAGACCAUGCCCAAGUUUGACUGGAGGAACAUCUUCAACCUCAUGGACCAGGUUAUACGCAUGUUCAACCAAUACGCGCAGUGUAUCAGUCUGGAUAAGUUCACGCCACAUACUGAUGAAGAUCAGCUGACACACCAGGCUCUUUUCCUGUUGGAGGAGAAUAAGUUCUGGGCAGGGCUGGUCUUCCUGGACAUGUACCCCUGGACCACAUCGGUGCCGCCACAUGUCAAGUAUAAGAUCCGCAUGGACAUCGACCAGGUGGAGAGAACCAACAAGAUUAAAGACAGGUACUGGGACCCGGGACCCAGGGCAGACCCGGUGGAGGAUCUGAGGUACAUCUGGGGGGGAUUUGCCUACCUGCAGGACAUGGUGGAGCAUGGCAUACUGAAGAUCCACACUGGGAACGACUGGCCACUGGGCGUCUACGUGCAACAGAUGCCGUACCCAUGCUACGUCGACGACCUCUUCAUGCUGACUCUGAACAGGUGCUUCCCUAUGUUCAUGGUGCUGGCGUGGAUCUACUCAGUGUCUAUGAUAGUGAAGAGCAUCGUUCUGGAGAAGGAGUUACGCCUAAAAGAGACACUGAAGGCUAUGGGGGUCACCAACGGUGUCAUCUGGUACACCUGGUUCAUAGACAGCUUCAUCAUGAUGACGGCCAGCACAGCCCUGCUCACGGCCAUCAUCAUGGCCGGUAAGGUACUGAAUUACUCCAACCCCUUCGUAGUGUUCCUGUUCCUCCUGACGUUCACCACGGCGACCAUCAUGCAGUGCUUCCUGCUCAGCGUGUUCUUCAACAAGGCCAACCUGGCGGCGGCGUGCAGCGGCAUUGUCUACUUCACCCUCUACCUCCCCCACAUCCUCUGCGUGGCCUGGCAGGACCGCAUCACCAGGAACACCAAGAUCGCAGCGAGUCUGCUGUCCCCCGUGGCCUUUGGUUUCGGCACUGAGUACCUGUCCCGUUAUGAGGAGCAGGGCCUGGGUCUGCAGUGGGACAACAUUGGCACCAGUCCACUAGAGGGCGACGCCUACUCCUUCUUCACCUCCAUAGGGAUGAUGGUGUUCGACGCUGUGCUCUACGGCUUCCUGGCGUGGUACCUGGACAACGUCUUCCCAGGCCAGUACGGGAUUGGAAGACCAUUUUACUUCCCCUUCCAACCGUCGUACUGGCAGAGGCCUGAGCCCUCCUUCUCCCAGAUCCCAGACUCAGCAGUUCCAGGGAUGCAGGAUGCGGACAAGGACUUUGAGAGUCUGGGCUGUUCGCCCGAAAGGUGUAACGGUGUGGAUGUAAAGAAACCCUGCAAACACCAGGACAAGCGAGAGAGGUUGGAGAGAGAGAGGGCAGAGCAGCUGAAACAACAAGAUGAAGAACAGAAUAAGGAGGUGCAAGAGGAGGUCCUAUCAGGUCAGUUGUUGUUCGAGCCGGAGCCGGCCGGGUUGACCGUGGGGGUGGAGAUUCAGGACCUGGUCAAGGUGUUUCCUGGCAGGUCCCGUCCUGCCGUGGACCACCUCAGCAUCACCUUCUACGAGGGGCAGAUCACAUCGUUCCUCGGACACAAUGGAGCGGGCAAAACCACCACCAUGUCCAUCCUGACCGGGAUGUACCCUCCCACAUCAGGUACAGCCUUCAUCAACGGGAGAGACAUUCGCACCGACAUGGACAUCAUCAGAACCUCCAUGGGGAUGUGCCCACAGUACAACAUCCUGUUCAAACAUCUGACAGUGGAGGAACACAUCCUCUUCUACUCCCUGCUGAAAGGCACAUCUCUCACUGGGGCUCAGCAGGAGGUCGAGGCCAUGCUGGAGGAUCUGGGUCUACCCCACAAGAGGGACGAUGAGGCCCAGAACCUUUCAGGCGGCAUGCAGAGGAAGCUCUCUGUUGCCAUGGCGUUUGUAGGGGGGUCAAAGAUUGUGAUUCUGGAUGAGCCCACGUCAGGUGUUGAUCCUUACUCCAGGCGGUCCAUCUGGGACCUACUUCUCAAAUACCGCACAGGUCGUACGGUGAUCCUGUCCACUCAUCACAUGGAUGAGGCUGACCUGCUGUCUGACCGCGUGGCCAUCAUUUCCAAAGGCCAACUCCACUGCUGCGGUUCCCCACUGUUCCUUAAGAACUGCUUCGGAGUGGGGUUCUACCUGACACUGGUCCGACGCAUGAAGGACAUAAGGAAGAAAGAGAAUGAGUGUGAUUGUGCUUCAGAGUGUUCCUGCACCUGUUCCACCUGCACCAAAGUCAAGGAGGAGUCACAGGGCCAAUCCCUGCAAAUGGAGAGAUGUCUGGACGGUAACGUGGACAGCAUUACUGCGCUGAUCCACCACCACGUCCCUGACGCCAAGCUGAUUGAGGCCAUUGGCCAGGAGCUGACCUUCCUGCUUCCCAACAAGGGCUUCAAGCACCGGGCAUACGCCUCCCUCUUUAGAGAGCUGGAGGAAACCCUGGGCGACAUGGGACUCAGCAGCUUCGGCAUCUCCGACACCUCUCUGGAGGAGAUCUUUCUGAAGGUGACUGCAGACGGAGAGGCAGCAGCCAAUGCCAAGGCUCCAGCCCAGUGGAUGUUGCUGAAGAGAACCAAUAUUCGCAGCACAGUUGGUGUGGAGGAGACUAACCCUGAAGAGGCAGAUGAGCUGAAGCAGGCCAACGGUACCAGACUCCGUGCUGAAGACUGCAGUGACGGAAAAGGCUCUCGGCAGAUCAAAGGAGCAAGCCUGGUGAUGAAGCAGUUCCUGGCUCUGCUGGUUAAGAGGUUUCACCACGCCACCAGGUCAUUGAAAGACUUCUUGGCACAGAUUGUUCUGCCUGCUAGCUUCGUACUGAUAGCCCUUGUCUUCACCAUGAUUGUGCCUCCUUUUGGAGAGUACCCGGCCCUCACACUCUCCCCCUGGAUGUACGGACAGCAGUUUACAUUCUUCAGUAAUGAGCGCCAGGGGAACUACCAGAUGACGCGUUUUGCCAAGGCGUUGCUGAACCCCCCUGGUCUUGGGACUCGCUGCAUGUCAGGAGUAGAUCUAAAAAAUCUGCCCUGUGAGAAUGAGACGUUAGACUGGGAGACACCAGAGGUCUCACCAAUAGUCACCAACAUCCUGCAGAGCCCUGCCUGGAACCCGCUAGACCCCUCCCCUUCCUGCCAGUGCAGCACCAAUAAGAAGUUGACUAUGUUGCCCAUCUGUCCAGUCGGCGCUGGGGGGCUGCCUCCUAAGCAGAGAAAGGAGGCCACAGGUGAUAUACUGCUGGACCUGACUGAGAGGAACAUAUCCGACUACCUUGUUAAAACAUACCCCAGCCUCAUCAGACGAAGUUUGAAGAGCAAAUACUGGGUGAAUGAACAACGAUAUGGAGGCUUAUCCGUGGGAGGACAGCUGCCCAUCCUGGACGUGAGCCCUAAACAAAUCCAGGAUGUUGCCUCUCAGCUAAUGAAGAUGCUCAACGUGACUGGGGGUCCGAACACGAAGCAGUCUUUGAGGGAGAUCGGACCUUUCCUCAGAUACAUGGAGAGUGAGUACAAUGUCAAGGUGUGGUACAACAACAAAGGCUGGCACGCCAUGGUGGCCUUCAUGAACGUGGCGAACAAUGCCAUCCUGCGGGCCUACCUGCCUCGCAACGCCAACCCCAUGGAGUACGGAAUCACUGCCGUCAACCACCCCCUGAACCUCACCAAAGAGCAGCUGUCUGAAGUCACUGUGUUGAAGACAUCUGUUGACGCAGUGACAGCGAUCUGUGUGAUUUUCGCCAUGUCUUUUAUCCCAGCAUCCUUUGUGCUCUACCUGAUCCAGGAGCGGGUCAGCAAGGCCAAACACCUGCAGUUCGUCAGUGGGGUCAGCCCUCUGGUCUAUUGGGUAGCCAACUUCUUCUGGGACAUGGUGAACUACUCCCUCAGCACCGCCAUGGUGGUGGGGAUCUUUGUGGCCUUCGAUAAGAAGUGUUACACCUCAGCCGCCAACCUGCCUGCCCUCGUUCUCCUGCUCUUACUGUACGGGUGGUCUGUGACCCCUAUGAUGUAUCCCAUGUCCUACGUCUUCAACAUCCCCAGCACGGCCUACGUCUCUCUGUCCUGCAUCAACCUGUUCAUCGGCAUCAACAGCAGCGCCCUCACCUUUAUACUGGAGCUGUUUGAGAACAACCGAUCCUUGCUGGAGUUCAACGAGUGGCUGAAGAAAGGCCUCCUGGUGUUCCCUCACUUCUGUCUGGGCCGGGGCCUAAUCGACAUGGCGAUGAAUCAGGCUGUCACGGACGUGUAUGCACACUUCGGUGAGGACCAUGCAAUGGACCCAUUCAAAUGGAACUUUGUCGGGAAGAACCUGGUCUUCAUGGCUGUGGAGGGAUUUCUCUAUUUCCUCCUCAAUAUCCUUAUACAGUAUCGCUUCUUCCUGGACCAAUGGUUAUCAGACUUCAAAGGGCCGCCUCCUAAAGACGAAGAUGAGGACGUUGCUGAAGAAAGAGAAAGGAUCUACAAUGGAGGUAGCAAGAGUGACAUCCUUCAGAUCAGAGACCUCUGCAAGACAUACACUGGGAGGAAGAGACCAGCCGUGGACAGGAUCUGUGUGGGCGUGUCUUCUGGAGAGUGUUUUGGUCUGCUAGGGGUGAACGGGGCCGGGAAGACCACCACUUUCAAGAUGCUAACUGGAGAUGCCGACGUUAGUUUUGGAGAGGCCACUGUCGCUGGAUACAGCAUCCUGUCAGAAAUGCUGGACGUGCACCAGAACAUGGGCUACUGCCCCCAGUGUGACGCCGUCGACGACCUGCUGACCGGCAGGGAACACCUGUUCCUGUACGCUCGGCUCAGAGGGGUCCCCGAGUCCGAGAUCAGCAGAGUGGCAGAGUGGGGCAUCCAGAAGCUGGGCCUGUCGGAGUACGCCGGUCGCUGUGCAGGAACCUACAGCGGAGGAAACAAGAGGAAACUCUCCACAGCCAUCGCUAUGAUUGGCUGUCCAGCCCUGGUUCUACUGGAUGAGCCCACUACAGGCAUGGACCCCCACUCCCGGCGGUUCUUGUGGACGGCCAUUAUGAGUGUCAUCCAGGACGGAAGGGCGGUGGUUUUGACAUCACACAGUAUGGAGGAGUGUGAAGCCCUAUGUACCCGCCUGGCCAUCAUGGUGAACGGCACGUUCAAGUGUCUGGGGACCAUUCAGCACCUGAAAUACAAGUUCGGGGAGGGCUACGUGGUGACCAUGAAGGUGAAGGCGGUAAAGGCUGGUGUUCCCCCAGACUUGGGGCUGGCGGAGAGCUUCAUGGACAGCAGCUUCCCCGGGUGUGUUCAGAGGGAGAAGCACUACAACACGCUGCAGUAUGAGAUCGCCUCCUCCUCCCUGGCCAGGAUCUUUCAGCUAGUGGUCGCCAACAAGGACAAGCUGAACAUCGAGGACUAUUCUGUCUCUCAGACCACGUUAGAUCAGGUGUUUGUGAACUUUGCAAAGCAGCAGGCAGGAGAGGAUGACGACACUGUUCCAGAAACACGAGCGGCCGGCUCACGCAAAGAAACACGAAGUGUUACCAUAAGACGCAAGGUCUCCCCUAUCAAGAUAAAAACCAGGAGACAAACUAGAACUUGAAUGGAAAUCUGUGUACAUUUUGCUUUUUGAGGAACAUAUUGUCAACACUUUUAAUGACAACCAGGUAUUUUUAAUGUCUACACAAUAUCCACAUGAUAAUUUCAUUUAUUGAGGCUUAUGAAUUAUGUCUGCGAUAUGUUCCUUAGAUUUUGUCAGUCACAUUUCUGCAUGUUGUUUGUGACUUGUGAAAAAGGAUGCCUAAUACUCUUUAUGUUUGCAGGACACAUACAGUUGACAUCAGUUAAUAUCUCCUCAAACACACAGUGGGCUAGAUAUCAGCAGUCUGUAGUGGCUUUCUUUAACAUAAGUCGGUUUAAAAUCUCUUCAAACACACAGAAAGCUAGAUAUCAACAGUCGGAAGUGGCUUUCUUUAACAUCACUUGGUUAAAGAUAUCUCCUCAAACACACAGCAGGCUUGAAAUCAAUAGUCUGUAGUGGCUUUCUUUAACAUCAGUUGGUUUAAGAUAUCUCCACAAACACACAGCAGGCUUGAAAUCAAUAGUCUGUAGUGGCUUUCUUUAACAUCAGUUGGUUUAAGAUAUCUCCUCAAACACACAGCAGGCUAUAACAGUCUGAAGAGGCUUUCUUAAUCUCCUAUCCUACUUUUGUCCUGAUCUGAGAAUAUUAGAUAGCUGACAGAAAUAUGGAGGCUCACUUAUGGGUUCGUUUUGACUCGUUCAGUGAAAUCUGACUCAGAAGUGGAAGUUACGCUUUGCUUGUCAAAUUCCCACCUACACAGAGAAAAGGUCCAUGUUUUUUUCCUCACAGUACCAAAAUUGGACCACAAGGUGGUGUUGUUUUACACAGACAUUUAUAUACAGGAAUAAUACAAAUGCUUUGAUAAUGUUCAACAGACCUUCAAAUAAUGUAAAACCAUAUAUUUUUUUUGUUUAUAUAUGUACUGCGUAAAAGCUAUGUUUUAUUUAAGCACUUUAGGAUGUAUUCAUUUUCUUACGAUCACAUCAAGGCACAGCUUUAAAUGCUUAUUGAGUUAUAUGGCAUGGUGGUGGUGGUGGUGGUGGGGGGGGGCAAACCUAUUCACAGAGGUCCAAUGAGAAUGGAGGUUUUUGUUCUAGCUAAACUUAACUGAAGACUAUGAUGAUUCGAAUAUUAGUUGAGCCAGGUGAGUUUUUGCUUUGCUGGAGCAAAAGCCUGCGGCUGCUAGACCUGUCAACAGUAUUGAAAGAGAACACCACUGUUCCAGUGGGUUCUAACCAAGCUCAGGGUUCUCCGUCCCAGAGGGAGGAAGAACACGCCCCUACAAUGAUUUGCCAAUGUCCUUAUUCAUGUAUUUAUUUUAUUAGCAUACAUCUUCUUUGCUUUUUUUCCUCAAAACAUGAAUGUCAUUUUAAUUUAGAAAAAUGAUGACGACUAAAGAAACGAAUGCGAAUGGAUGUAUAUAUAUGAAUCAAGUUACAAUGCCGCUCAGAGUUCUAUUUAAUCCAAAACAGUGUUAUUUUAAAUAUAACUGAUAAAAAAUUAUAAUAAUACACACAAUAAAAAAAAACACUAAUACUGUAAAGCAAUUUAGAACAACUUCAAUUCAUAUAUCAAAUCAAAUGUUUUUCUAUAAUAUGUGAUAACAAAGAAAAUAUAAAACAAAUGAUUCAUUAUAAUUACCUAAACACCCUGUGAAAACAUAUGACCUGUUUUGAGUGAAUAGGGCUCUCGGUCAAGUGCAUUAUGGUCAGAUGAACUGUUUUCCAUUCCAGAGCAUAACAUUAUUGUAAAGCAAAUGGUCCCCGACAUCAACUGUGCUGCAACAAUGACAAUGGUGAAUAAACGUGAAAAGCUUCUCUCCAGCCAC